CCUGUUCUUCUUCAGUCUGAUUCCAUCCAUUAACUGCAGUACAGUUUCACAGUGAAUGGGAGUAAAUAUACAUUGCUUGUUCUUGUUUGCUCCCUUAUUUUUUCAACGGGAGAAUGUGUCGUAGCUAAGUAACCUCAUCCACUAUGAACUAGAAGUUUGUUGUUGUAUGUGUCUCAUAAGCUGAAUUAUAAAUACAUGCUUUGAUGAUGACGUUCACGACUCAUUUCCACCAUCCGAGCAGCACUGAACUAAGUUACACAAAUAUGGCAGCCCCAUCGCACGAAAGCGGUGCCUCGUCUCCGAGCACCGAGGAGGAUAUCUCGAAUCUUUCAGCCUUUCUUCGGCAAAUACAAAAGAGAAAUGCGGUUGUCGUAGACUGCUUCGUACUAAUCUCGGAGUGUGGAGAUGUCUUUUCAUCUGACGAGAAACUGACAGAACGCAUAAAAUUGGAGGAGGAAGGUAGGGGGCUAAUGCAACUAAAGGAAACGGCCGGCGCUGCCACUCCAAGCACUGAGAACCCUUCUCCAGCUUCUUCAAACGACGUGGAUGCAAAAAGGAUAGAUGCUUUAUCUCUAGACGCAACGAUGUUCAUGGGAGGUAUGGAGUCUGGUAGCGUGAAUUCCGACAACAGCGACAUGGGUGCUCACCUUUCUGCAGCUUGUUUUAUGGGUCGUGGACAGGCUGAGGCAUCAGGUAUAACAGGUGAGUUUGGAGGUGCACACGACGAUGUUGGAGAGGAGUGCAGCGCAGCUAUUGUAAACCUUAUGAAACAUCAAUCCGCUUCCAUGAUGGAUGCAGAGCCGGCUCAGAAUACCGAUUUCGAUGCAAUCCUCAAAAAUAAAGUCUCAGAGAUGAAAAGCAGUUCGUCCGCAGCACGCGAUCCGCCAAAAAGUCUCGUAGCCGAGCUUGUUCCAUCCUCUGUAGCGCAAAGCCGCAAAGAGGUAUACCGAACCUGGGACGACCUCUUCUUCAGGGGAUCUGGUAUUCAGACAGCCCGCAUAGGCGACGACGAGUUCGUUGUGGAGAAGCGUGAGGAAGUUGGCGAGCGCGUUUUAGUUCAUAUGAAGAGAAGUCGGAACUGCGAUGCCAUGGUGCGAGAGGUACUUGACCUUGACGAGGAGCAGAUGUUGACCGCGAUCGCCCAAACCACGCAGAUUGAGCCUUUUCUUGUCGUGGACUCAACACGGAAGCACGUGCUCAUCGCUAAAGCGAUUGAAAAGCGGUAUGCCAGCUUCGUCGCACAAUUAGUAGAAGGUGUCGCAGACUUUUUGAUUGAUUCUGACAUUUGAAUACUUAGAAAUAGAUCUUCCACAGGAGGCGGGCGCUUUACCACGACUGCGAUGAAAUCUUAAAACCCACACGUCUAUCUCUAUCCUCUAUGCCCAGGAAUUUCAUUGAAAAGGGCCCUGACAUUUCUCCCAAGUAAACCUUUCAUCUUCAUCAUCAUCUUCCAAACUAC